UAUUCGUAAGAAAUGGAAAAAUAUACGGCAGAGUUUCAGACGAGAACUGGCUAGGAGAAAGGCGGUCGUGUGCGGCGAAAGCAAGAACUGAACCACGUACAAGUACUUCGACAUGCUGACGUUUCUGACACCAGUAAUGACCGACACUCCGAUAACGGACUCCGUUUCGAAAGAAGGCGACGGAGUCGAAGAAGAGGAGCCCGAGAGCGAGCAAGAUGAUGUACAAGUGCACCCUGAAGCGUCACAGCCAGGGUCUUCUGAAUGUGAAAGAGCCGAAAAGAAAGUCAUCGAAGGUCGCUCGAGGAAAGAACAAACACCGUGUGAGCCAUCGUCCCCGAAAUCACCUGAACGUCAGGAGGUCAAGAGAAAAGCUGUCGAUGACGAUCUUCAUAUAAGAGAACUUAGUCGGGCUGUGAUACAAAGCCUCGCCUAGAGACGUGGUGCAGAGGCGGAAGAACACGACGACGAUAAACAUUUUUUACUAUCCCUUUUGAACGCAACGAGAUCGGUUCUCCAAUCACAUGAAGCUAGCGAUGCGGACAGAGAUGACGCAAAUCGUUUCGAAAUAUUGCAACAUGUGUACACUUAUUACUCAACCCCAAUAUCCUCCAGUAUAGUUAUUUAGUCCUCUAACGUGGUGAUUUUCUGCUGUUAAAAUCAAUUCUUUCUCAGGUAUAGGAUAGCUCCUUGCAACCUGACAAAAGAUAUCAUCUAGCUGUUGUACCGAGUCGACAUUCUGAAGAAUUUGUAAUAUAUGAUUGCUCAAUAAAAUAAUAAUUGUUUCUGUUAGUUUGUUGUUUUUCUUUAUUUUCUGAUUCUUUUUGUGUUACGUUUCUCUUCUAGAUGGACAGACUUUACAGUGAAGCCUUUAGUGUAUCCUUUUUGACGUUUGAUCAUUUAAGAAGGUUAGUUUAACACUUUCGCUGCGGGCGAAAAUAAGUAGCCGUUCGCUGGGAGUUGCCAUUAUGAUAUUAUUUUUAAUGAAAAAUUUCUUACAAAUGUUCUGAUGUGAUUAUUUUGAAAAGCAUAU